AGAAUUGUUACCAUCUGCUCUUCCGAAAACAAACGUGUCAAAGAAUAUUAAAAUGAGGACGAAUUGUAGGAUCACUUUGAUCGAGGACAUUUUAACACGACAAAGAAUAUUUCAAGACUGACUAAAAGAAUCAAUUUUUUUUUUCUAUGUAACGGGUGUCCAUGUAAUUAUAUUUUAAUUGACGCACUUUUCGCUCUGUCAGUCAAGCAUUAAAAAAAACUAACAGCACAUAACAAUUCGGACGACAAUAGGAUGCUAAAGAAAAACUCGGUUACAGUUUUAGUUUGACGACCGAACGCGAUGAAUUCUCAAAGAAUUUUUAUUUUCUUCGUAGUUAUUUUAUGGAAAUUCGAAACAGGAAAUUUUGCGGAUAUUUAUCAGGAUGAAAUUGAAAGUUUGAGCGAGUUACCUUUGGAUAAGCUGAUUAAAAUCAAGUCAUCGAUUGCGCCAAUAUUAGAAACAUCGAUGAUUGAGAAGUAUGAGGAGCCUGAAGGACGAAUAAAAUCAACAUUACCAAUAGCCUUGCCAUUAAAAAGAAACAAUAAAUUACCAAUAAGACGUCAUGGAGGCGAUUAUUAUGAAGAAAAGGGCAAAGAUACGAAGAUUUCCAAAAUCUUUCAAUUAGCUGUCACUGCACUAUCCUUCCUGGCUUUCGGUGGUUAUCUCUUAACUUUGAUCAUUACAGCUAUUAGGCGAAAUACAAACUCGACUGGCAAUGGAAACGUCAUCGUUUUUUCGAAUCUACAGAAUUUACAGAAGUAUCAACGACCUAAAAGGAAUCUUCUCGUUUUGGAUCCAAUGGAAAAUAAUUUUCAAACGGAUAAACUUUAUCAAGGAAUGAUUAUGUUAUCUCGUACUUAUGCACGUUUCGAACAUUAACAAAUUUCAUAUA